UUUCUCAAUAGGGGUCUACAUACCGAAACAUUAGUGUGUGUCUGCGAGUGUGAGUAACGUCAAUGUUUUAUGCGAUGUAUUAGGGACUUGAGAGAGAUGCCGUUCUGAAGAGUCGAUAAAUAAACGCACCCAUCGCCCGAUGAUUCACACCACAUGCAAAUCUUGACGUUUGCCCACAAAACUCCAUAAAAAUGCUGCGAAAACUUUUACUGCUCUUGUUAUAUGCUUUUAUGACGCGGAGAUCAAAGGCGGUGUCAGUGCCCAGCGCGAGUCAAACUGUCAUCUGGGGUCUGGGACUGGAGACCAACAUUGUUGUCCCUGCCCGAUUCUUCUACAUCCAGACAGUGGACACCACCGGAAAAAAUUUCACAACAUCACCCGGAGAGGCGACAUUUGAAGUUAAGAUUACAUCUCCAACAGACCCGUAUGCCAGAGUGUGGGUCCAGAUUUUAGACCGGAAUGAUGGGUCCUUUCUGGUUCGGUAUCGCAUGUAUGCCAGUUACACAGAUUUGCACAUCCAGGUUCUGCUUGAAGACAAGCAAGUGGGGAAAUCACCAUAUGUGCUCAGAGGUGCAGUGUAUCACGAAUCAUGUGACUGCCCAGAGCCCAGUGGUGCAUUAUGGGAAAAGAACAUGCACUGCCCUGCCACUUUCUCUCAAAUAGAUAUUGAUUUAUCUGUUUUCUCCAGUGUGGAUCCAGACCGUAAUGCCCAUGAGAUCCCUCAGCGCUUUGAGAAGAGACAUAGCCUGUGCCAUUAUACUAUCAAAAACAACCAGGUUUAUAUAAAAACACAUGGAGAACAUGUUGGAUUUAGGAUCUUCAUGGAUGCUUUCCUUCUCUCACUUACACGUAAAGUUAGGCUUCCAGACAUUGAGUUUUUUGUGAAUUUGGGGGACUGGCCCCUGGAGAAGAGACGUGCCUCUGAGAAUCCCAGCCCAAUUUUUUCGUGGUGUGGAUCCAAUGACACGCAAGACAUUGUCAUGCCGACCUAUGACCUCACUGAAUCUGUAUUGGAGACCAUGGACAGAGUGAGUCUGGACAUGAUGUCUGUUCAGGGACACACAGGUCCAGCAUGGGAGCAGAAGAUAAGUCAAGCGUUCUGGAGGGGCCGGGACAGCAGGCGAGAGCGUUUGGAGCUGGUUAAACUGGCCCGGGCAAACCCUGACGUGCUGGAUGCGGCCUUCACCAAUUUCUUCUUUUUCAAGCAUGAUGAGAGUCUUUACGGGCCCCUUGUCAAGCAUGUAUCCUUUUUCGACUUCUUUAAGUACAAGUACCAGAUCAAUGUGGACGGGACGGUAGCAGCGUACAGACUGCCUUAUCUGCUCGCAGGAGACAGCGUGGUGUUUAAACAGGACUCCAUCUACUAUGAGCAUUUCUACAAACAGCUCCAGCCGUGGGUGCACUACAUCCCCUUCAAAGCCGACCUCAGCGAUCUACUGGAGAAGAUCCAGUGGGCUAAAGACCAUGAUGAGGAGGCUAAGAAAAUCGCCCUGACAGGUCAGCAGUUUGCACGAUCCCAUCUGAUGGGUGACAGUAUAUUCUGUUACUAUUUCAAACUCUUCCAGAAGUACGCUAAACUGCAAGUCACUGACCCCAAGGUUCGAGAUGGCAUGUCUCUGGUGGAACAACCAAAAGAUGAACUUUUUCCAUGCUUCUGUGCAAGAAAAGAGGCUAAAGAUGAGCUAUGAGAGACCUUCCAUUUCAAUAUAAAAUAGGAGGCAAAUAUUUGGAUGGUUUACAUCAGAAAGUAUUUCCAAGGGCACAUUUUACAUCAAUUGUCUUAAACCUGCAAUGUCUUUUGUACAAUGUUUUUUUC